ACAACUUUUCGCUCCAUCUCAUUCACUUCUUCUAGUCGCCAGACUGAAUGCACCAUCUUACUCUCCGGGAAUGGGAACUAAACUGGGUUCAAAGAAAAACUUCGAGUUCUUUCGAUUUUAUGCUCUCCAGAAGCUACUUUUUAAACUACAGGGGUAGUUGUUACUGCAGGCGCAGGGACACAGCAACGGAGUCACUGGCCAAUAACUUCUCAGACACUCUGAAAGACGUCAGGAGUUUAAGUAGUUAUCAGUUUAACUCAAAAGAGUGAAGUCUCAGCUUCAAAUAACAGGAGAUCCGUGAACUAACAGCCGCCACUUACUUCAGCAGGGGCAUGCGUAAAAUGUUUGUGCGUAAAGCUAUUGCGCACGGUUCAUAUUAAGUGAAGGUAGAGCAAGUCACGCGAAACAGUAUAAAAUACAACUGAUUUAAUUUUAUAACCGUGCAAUUUUCAGUACCGUUACAGCCAUGGCGAAAUGGUUCAGAGAUUUCCCUAUCAACCUGAAAAAUGGAAACGAAAGGGUCCGCUCGGCCUCAGAAUCUGGUCCUCAAACUAGAUCAAAACCCUCAUUUUCUCGCGACAGCCUGAAAGGAAAUCAGCGCAAAGACGGAGGGGUAGGGGGUUUAUUGGCAGGGCGAACAAGGAAAAAUUCGGCUACAGAACUGGGUCGUAAUAAUGCUGGUCCUACUGGGACGGUCUGGGAAACUCUCACAACUGGAAAAAGUCGCAAGAACUCCAAGGUCGAGACCGGGUCACCAGAUGAGAACCGCCAGGUCAGGACCUCUAGUUUGGCGCAAGCGUACAUCAGCAGGAUGAUCAAAGUGGACAAACAAGAUAAAACCCCCAAACUCAACGGGAUACGUGAGCAGAUGUUACAAGAAAACGAGAAGGGAAGGCCUGACAUUAAAACAACGCUGAUCAUCCUGGAAGACUACGCCGAUCCCUUUGAUGCAGAGAAAACCAAGGAGCAGAGAGAGGCUGAGAGAGCAGGAGUGAAUGAUGGCUACAUGGAGCCCUAUGACGCCCAGGUCAUUAUUACAGAGGUUCGUAGACGAGGCUCCAAAGACCUCCUGAAAGUGUGUGUCCUGUUGGAUCGAGGCCAGAGAGAUGGGAAGGGAGAGGAGAAGAAUCCCACACCCCCAAACAUAUACGACAUACCGUACGAGGGCGGGCUGGAAGGUGACAGCGAGGGGGUGUGGAUCCCUGUCACACGGCCCGAGUCUGACGUCCGUCCCGCCGGAGAGUACGAACUGCCCUGGGAGUGGAGAAAGGAGGACAUUGUUCGAGCACUGUCAGCUCAGUUCGAGGCAGUGGAUAACCCUCCCAGUAAAGAGAACGGUUCCACCUCCAACCGUCAGCAGCAGCAACAGCAGCAGCAACAAACUCUGAGGCAGAAGAACUGGAACAAUAAAACACUCAUACCUUCAACUCCAUCCUCCUCCUCCUCUUCGUCCUCUUUUCCCUCCUCUCCUAUCCUCAAACUCUCCCCUCUCACACCUCCAUCUCCCCCUUUCCCAAACCUCAAGCUCUCGCCCUCUUCUAAUCCCAACAACAAACUCUCCCCUCCAUCUCCUACCUCCCCCAGUGCCCCGCAGGAUGGGGAGGCAGCAAAGGUGGAGCCUAGCCUGCCGCUGGAAAAGCAGAGCUGGUACCAUGGCAGUGUGAGUCGGCAGCAGGCUGAGGCUCAGCUGCAGCGCUGCAGGGAGGCCAGCUUCCUGGUGAGAGACAGCGAAUCAGGAACUAGCAAGUACUCCAUCGCUCUGAAGACCAGUCAGAGUUGUGUGCACAUCAUUGUAGCCCAGACUAAGAGUGUUAAGGGCUUGGGCUUCACCCUGGAUCAGAGUAGCUGUGUGUUCUCCAGUAUCCCUGAGCUGGUCCACUACUACUGCACACACAGACUGCCUUUUACUGGGGCAGAGCACAUGACUCUGCAGCAUCCUGUGUCCCGGACACAUUGAACAUCUAAACAUGUGUAAAGGACAAUUAAACAUGCCUGGACAUAAAUCCCAUGCACAGAGAUAUGUAUUAUACUUUUAUGCACAACUACAUUAACUUGUUCAUACAUGUGUGAAAAGGCAUUCAAAAAUAUGCUGCUUUUAGAUUAUUCUACUACCUUUGUAAGUGUGUGUUUGGAUCUCUUCCAUGUGCAACCUAGUGGCCAAAGUCCUUCAUUACAAGAACCUCUCAUCCCAUUGUUUUGUCCAUUGUCCCUGCAGAUUACACUCAUCACCCUACAAACCACACUGAUUUCUAUAAUACUGAAACAAUGCACACCAAGCUCUGCACUCACUAUAACCAAUCACGCAUUUGUCGUAAAUGAGACGUGCUGGCACCAUGCCAUAUAGUUAGGCCCGGUCUGUGAGAUCAAUACACCUGAUUGGAGUAUAUUUGUUCAUUCAUCUGACAUGUCAAUCACUGUAUUGAUCUAUCCUGAAAAUCAGGCUCAUUUGCCAACCACUGGGUCUAACAGGGUAGAGAGCUUUAUUGAUUAGGUGAUUAGAAGUAGUGGAGUGGGAGGGGUCAUAUUGCAGUACAGUAGACGGUCAGCAAAAAAUGUCUGAGUGUGUAGAAGUGAGUAAAGUAAAUAUUUAAAUAUAAUUUCCAGUCACAUAUCUUCAUAUAAGAUUGUUUUGAUUCCAUAGCAAUCUUCCUUUGUUUUUCUUUACCCUUAAAUGUACCUUUGUAUAAGUGAUGUAUGUAUGAAGUGAUUGUUGGAUACUGUUAAAUGCACAAUGAUGUGGGCUGUAUAUUAUUGUUGUAAGACUUUAUUCAGUAAAUAAAUAAAAUUCAUAUCAACA